AUGACUCUCAAGCACUCCGCCCUCGUCGCCCUGGCUGCUGCCAUCGGCGCUCAAGCCCAGGUCUUCACCGUCAACUGCGCCCCCCUGACUCAGUUCCGAGGUGACCCUAUCGUGUCUCCUGGUGUUCUGUCCUCGCACGUCCACGCCGUUGUCGGUGGCACUGCCUUUUCCUUCAGCACGACUCCCGAACAGGCCCGAGCUGCCACGGCCACCACCUGUGACAAGAUCCUCGACAACAGCAACUACUGGCAGCCCCAGCUGUACCACCAGCGACAUGACGGCCAGUUCGAGCUCGUCACCUUCCAGGGCAGUGCUACCUACUACAUUGCUCGUGCCUGCGACUAUGCUCCUGGCCGACAGAACUGCAACGGAGCUCCUCUCCCCAUUGCUCCCCCCGCUGGCCUCAAGAUGCUUGUCGGUGACCUGAACCGACGCACCUUCAACGCCUCCAGCUUCGAGGACCGUGCCAUCCAGCACGUGUGUCUCGACACCCAGCCCGUUCCUGACACCAACGGAUUCCCUACCCGCCAGUGCCAGCGAAUCCGCUCUGAGACCUUCUUCCAGUCCUGCUGGGACGGCAAGAACCUCGACUCGGCCAACCACAAGGACCACGUUGCCUUCCCUGCCAUUGGUGACUACAACACUGGCGUGUGCCCGCAGUCGCACCCCAAGGCCAUCCUCUCGGUCUUCUACGAGUUUUUCUACGACACCGGCUCCGUCAAGGACUUCAACCGCUUCGUCUACGCCGACGGCGAUGCCACCGGCUACAGCCUCCACGCCGACUACUUCCAGGGCUGGAAGGACCAGAACGCCCUCGAGCUCGCCAUCACCACCUGCACGGGCCCCAACGGCGUCAACGACAAGGGAUGCAGCUUGAACGUCGGCCCCAACGGCCCCGGUGUCUCUGGCCCGCAGAAGCUGCAGACUCCUGCGCCCACCGAGAACAUUGGUCUCAACGGCCCUAUUCCCGCUCUUCCCGGCAACAACCCCAUCCACUAA